GGCCGGCGCCCGUCGGGGUGAGGGAAGCCCGGCCCCGCCCCGGGGGUAUUUAAGGCCACUGCCCGGGGGUUGCCCUGGGUCCGGUGCGAUGGCCGAGGAAGCGAUGGCGAGCUAUCUCUAUACUGCCUACCACCCCUACUCCUACCGCUACCCACCGCCCAAGGGCAAAGGAGGGGCGGCGGGCGGCUGGAGGCCGCGGGGCAGCAGCUACUUCUCGGGCUACGGGGAGGCGGCCGCCGAGUACUUCGACAACUACCAGCGGGCGCAGCUGAAGGCCAUCCUCUCCCAGGUCAAUCCCAACCUGACGCCGCGGCUCCGCAAGGCCAACACCAAGGAGGUGGGCGUCCAGGUGAACCCACGGCAGGACGCUUCGGUGCAGUGCUCGCUCGGGCCCCGCACGCUGCUGCGCCGCCGCCCCGGUCCCGCCGCGCCGCGGCCCCGUGAGGCGGAACGAGAGCAGGAGCUGGGCAGCCCCGCCACCACCAGCACCCGCGCCGUGCGCUUCCCCCGCACCAUCGCCGUCUACUCGCCCGUGGCGUCCCGCAGACUCACCGCCUUCCUGGAGGAGCCGAGCCCGGAACCAGAGGGGCGGCCGCAGCAACAGGAGAAGGCGGCGGCCGUCGAGGAGGAGCCGGCCGCGCUGCGGGAGCAGCGGGCGGCGGAGGCGGCUGCCGUGCGGGCGAGCUGGGAGAAGCCCCCCGAGGGUGGCGCCGAGCCGCUCGGGCAGCGCCCGGCCGCCCCCCUGGAGCCGGCGACGGAGGCAAGCCAGGAGGAGCCGGCAGAGCCGUCAGCCCAGGCAGAGCCGUCAGCCCAGCCGGCAGAGCCGCCGGCCUCACCCCAGAAGCGGCAGUCGUCGGCGGCCAAGACCCGCCUGCGCUUCCAGGUGAGUGUCGACCGCAGGGGAGCAGCGGGGCCGGGCUGGCCCGGGAGGCGCCUGCACCGUCGAGUAACGUUGUCCCCGGCAGUUCCUGGAGCAGAAGUACGGGUACUACCACUGCAAGGCCUGCAACAUCCGCUGGGAGAGCGCCUACGUCUGGUGCGUCCAGGGCACCAACAAGGUCUAUUUCCGUCAGUUCUGCCGGACCUGUCAGAAAUCCUACAACCCGUACCGCGUGGAGGACAUCACCUGCCAGAGCUGCAAGCAGACGCGGUGCACCUGCCCCGUGAAGAUGCGCCACGUGGAUCCCAAGAGGCCCCACCGCCAGGACCUCUGUGGGAGAUGCAAAGGGAAACGUCUGUCCUGCGAUAGCACAUUCAGUUUCAAAUAUAUCAUCUGAAGUGGGA